AAGUUUCUGUUUUGCUUCCUUUGUUUAUUUUCCACUCCUAUGAACUUAACUUUCAUUUCUCACUCCGCUUCUGUCGGGGAACUCCUCUGUGGAGAGCUGGUCGCUGUGUUGGUGAGUGAAUACUGACCUGACUUACAGCUGAUCUCCUCCAUUGAAUUAAGACUCCUGUAUAUUUCCUAAAAUAUCCUUUCUCUUCCUGCCUUUCUUAUCCUGCCCCCUUCAAUAUUCCCAGCCUUGCAGGAGUCUGUGAGCAAGAAGAGCCUCUGGAGUCAGGACAGGAAGAAGCAGGAGAGCAUGGCAAUGGAUUUUUCAUCACAAGGGAGCAUAAACGAGGAAGUGAUCUGCGGCAUCUGCCAGCAGCUCCUGACAGAACCCAUGAGCCUGCACUGUGGCCACAACUUCUGCCAACUCUGCAUCGCUGCAAAUGAGUCAGAGAGCUACUUUGGAGGGCAAUGUCGCUGUCCUGUGUGCCAGAGCGCAUACGACCCUUGGCACCUCAUGCCUAAUAAGGAGUUGGACAACAUAGUGAAGAAAAUCAGAGAAGUCAACAUGUGGUCACACCAGCAGCAGAGGAGUGAUCUCUGUGAGCAACAUGGUCUCUGUGAGCAACAUGGUCUCUGUGAGCACCAUGGUCUCUGUGAGCAACAUGGUCUCUGUGAGCAACAUGGUCUCUGUGAGCAACAUGGGGAAAAUUGCCAUCUCUUCUGUAAGGAGGAUGGGAAGGCCAUUUGCAGCCUCUGUGUCCAGGAGCACCCAGGUCACCAAAUAUCCCUCGUGGAGGAGGUGGUCAAGGAAUGUCAGGAGAAGCUAGAGGCAGCUCUGGACAGGCUGGCACAGGAGCAGCAGGACGUUGAGGAGUUGGAAGCUGUCAUCAAUGAAGAGAGAGCUACCUGGAAGACUGAGAGAGAGAGGAUUCGGAAAGGGUUUGAUGAAAUGAGAGACAUCCUGGACAGGGAGAAGCAAAUGGAGCUGCAAAAGCUGCGGGAAGACGAAGUGCAUGUGCUGGAUAACUUGGCAGUGGCUAACGACCAGGUGGUCCAGCAGAGGCAAUCCAUGAGAGAGUUCAUUUCGUAUCUCCAACAUCAUAUGUGUGAAUCAUCUAUAGACAUGCUACAGGAUAUGAUUAACACCUUUAAAAGGAGUGAGGUCUGGACCUUGAAGAAGCCAAAAAUUGUUUCCAAGAAACUAAAGAGUACACUCCGAUUUCCAGAUCUGCCUUGGAUGCUGCAAGUGUUUAAAGAGCUGGCAGAAGUCCAAAGCUACUGGGUGGACUUGAUGUUGAAUCCACUCAACACUCUUUCGGAUAUUAUCAUUUCUGAAGAUAGGAGACAAGUGACAGUUGGGAACUAUUUUAUGUUUUGGAAUGUAUAUCCAUGUGAUUUUUCUGCUCUUGAUGUCUUGGGCAGCCAAAAUUUCUCCUCAGGAAAAUAUUACUGGGAAGUUGAUGUAUCCAAGAAGAUUGCCUGGAUCCUGGGAGUGUACAGCAAAACAAGUAAUCUCAAUAGAAAAAAAAGCUCUGGGUUUGUUUUUAACCCAGAUGUAAAUUACCUAAAUGCUUACUCCAGAUUCAGACCUGAAAAUGGCUACUGGGUUGUAGGGUUACAGAAUGAAUCUGAGUACAGUGCCUUUGAGGACUCUUCUACCUCUGACCCCAAGGUCUUGACUCUUCCCAUGGCUGUUCCUCCCUGUCGAGUUGGGGUUUUCCUAGACUAUGAAGCAAACACUGUCUCAUUUUUUAAUGUCACAAACCAUGGGUCACUCAUCUACAAGUUCUCUAAAUGUCACUUUUCCCAGACCGUUUAUCCCUAUUUCAAUCCUUGGAACUGCCCAGCUCCCAUGACUCUGUGCCCACCGAGCUCCUGAACAUUCUCCCUUCCUCACACACUUCUGUGUAGCGACCCUUGUCCUGGGACUCAUCACCUGCACCUGAGCUCACUGCUCCAUUCAGACCUUCUCUUCCUUGCUGUCUCCCUUCUGUAGAAUGUCUGUUGAUUCUUGGCUUAGAAGAGAAGCUUAUUUACUCAGUUACCCAUUUUCUGUAUUAUCAGCAAAAGACAGGCAAUCACUCUUAAAAACCGAGAAGUACUGGUAUAAUAUCUCUGCCCUCCCAUUUCUCCAUAUCUUCCUUUAUCACUAACUUGAAGAGGUACCAACCAUGACCUUAGGACAAUCCAUAAUCACCACCACAACUGAGGAGUGUUCGAGUGUAUGUCUGUUUGUUGCCCGACAUACAGCAGGUUGUCCAGAGAGUAUUUUGGGGGAUGUUGGGAGGGGGGCAAACAAAAGUAAUAUUUGCACUCAGAGUGAAAAUUUUAUGCUCAGAGUUUAAAUCCUCUCUUCUCUUACAAGGUAUGUAAUGAUGGAUACAUUUUUUCUUCUUCUCAUAAAAUAAAAAUUGGAUUUUAAACUGCA